AUGGAGGAAGACAAGCCAGAGGACAUCUAUAUAGACCCGACACAGUCCAAGCAGUUUUCGUCGAGUGGUAAACCUCGGCCUCCGAGGCCUCCACCGCCCAGUAGCAGGGCAGUAAUAAAGGCCAAGCAGAAAAAAGCCCAGAGCCUAGCUAGCAGCGCAGUUGCCCUCAGAAGCAGACAACUAACAAAGCAACGCUCGUGCUCUGCGGCACCAAACACGAGCACAAGUCAGCAGCAAAAGAGUCAGAGUCCUCUGGGUUCUUCCCAUUCGACCUCCACUUGCUCCAAACCUGCAGAAGACGCAGAUGAGAUACUGUACGAGGAGUUGGACACUUGGGAUAGUGCGCCCCAGGCCUCAAUUCUCUGGCGGCCCCCGUCUGCCACCAACUCCAGUCAGAGUGUGGUAGCUCCCAGCAGAGGAGCAGUAGUGGACCCAGUGGGAGCUACACCUUCUCUCCCCCCACGAGCUCAGAAACCCGCCACAGCACACAGAGUGCACCGUUCAAACGACCUGGGAACCAAGAAUUCCACCCCCGGCAAAGUAGAACGCAGCAUAUCAAUCGGGGACCUGAACACCUCCAGAAGUAGUAGCAGACAGGCUUCUCCUUGCAUCUCCAGCAAACAAGACAACAGCGGCGACUUGGAAUUGGACUCUGCCGACGAGUAUGAACCGCUGGAUGACUCAGUGCCUGUCGCUCCACAACGCACCAGGAAGAAAAUCAAAGGAACUACAAUAAGUCCUAACAGAGCACCGGGGAACAUAUACAACCCAAAUGCACCUCAAAGUGGGAAAAGGACGAGUCCCGUGCCCCGAAGACCUGCUCCAGUUGCCCCUCCCGGCCUAAGGAAGAGGGGAGAACAGAGAAAUAAAUCGCCGCAGAUUAUCAAAUCAUCCGUUGGUAGUAGAAAGAGUACAGAUGGACCAGAUGUGUAUGUAGACAUGCAGCCCAACGAUAAGGUUGCAGAUACACAGGAGGACGAUGAUGGUGUCUCUCUCAGACCAUACGUCAGAACAUAACCUCGGCAGUCGUUUUACACUUCAAUAUUAAUUUUUCACAUUCCACGGAACACAUUAUUCACACUUUUGUGCAUGUGUACACAUGUCAUGUGCAUGUAUAAUUUAAUGUGUACUAUACUAUAUGUUUGCUUGUUGGAUGUCAUUGAAUUAUUGAAACAUCCGCAUGGCUCUUUGCUAAAUUCAUAACACAUACUGAUCAGUAUUGGGUGCCAAACUGGUCGAAAAGCCAUUUUGAACUCUCAACUCUCCUAUAUACUUACAUAUAGGCCUUCUAUAAUUAUAUUUGUCAAAUACAUAACACUGCUGUUUCAUGUAGGAGACUGCUAUUUAUUA